AUGACUGAAGAAGAGCAUUUUGAUGCAUCUGCAUCAGCAUCCGACCCGGUUGGAUAUCUAGGAGGACCGUAUGAUACAUCUCUGUUAGUUAAAUACGAACAACAUGUUGCAUACUAUAUAUGGUUCGGUGAGGAGAGAGGGUCGAAGAAAGAGUUAAAGGUGGCGGGACAUGGGUUGAAGUUGACUCAGAAGGUUCCACUACAGCUGCCCAGAAAGAUGGAGAGCUGGAUAUCUAGGUUUGGUCUAGCUUCACUUCAGAGAAUCAGUUUAACAAAGAUAGACACAAACCUAGUUUCCGCUUUUGCAGAGAGGUGGCAUCUAGAGACAUCUUCAUUUCACAUGUCGUUUGGUGAGAUGACGAUUACUCUAGAUGACGUAUCUUGCCUGCUUCACUUGCCCAUCAGGGGAGUCUUCUGA